AAACACGCCGGAGCAACUAAAAGAGCUAAUUGCAUUGUAUGAAGAAAAUUUUGAGAAGCUCAUAAACUUUUCCAUAAAAAUGAGCAAAAAUAAGGAUAACAAUAAACGAGAGAUACAAUUUCUAAAUCAGCUAAGCUCGCUUAUUGAACAACUUGUCAAAGAGCAGUCAAAGGUAAGAAAUGUGCACGCUAAGUUUGACAACGAUACAAGCGCUAUCUUGCAGGCACCAAGUGACAAUCCGACGAUAAAGAACGUAAAUAAUAAUGUAAAUAAUGUGGAAGAUCUAAUUAAUACAAUGAAGGAGAUUGAUAUUGUCUAUCAGGAUGGGGAGAUUACUGACGAGCACAUUCGAAUCAAACGGGCCGCCGAGGGGUACAAAAGAGCCGCGUCUUUCGCAACGGAAAAACGGAUGACUAGUACGCUAAUUGAUAUUCAACGUCAAAUGGUGCAAAUUCGAAAAUAUUUAGACAAGUUAUGCAAAAAACAUCAUCCGACGUCGACGGCCAUUUUAGAAGUAGUAAAUCCCGAUGAUGACACUUCCUCUAUUGAUCAGCCAAAGUAGCGAUUCUACGAA